AUGACAGCUCGAGUCAACCGCAUCCGCCAUGGCGGCCCCGCCAACAAGCCUGGCUACACAUUCUACCCGGUGUUGAUCAUCGGCGCCGGUGAGUCUGGCAUCGCCAUGGGCUGCCGACUGCGACAAGUCCUGGGCUUCGACCAGUUCCGCAUCUUUGAACGGAGGUCUGCCCUGGGAGGCACAUGGCACACCAACCAGUACCCUGGCAUCGCAUGCGACGUCCCCGCCAUCAUGUACUCGUACUCCUUCGCCCAGAACCCGCACUGGACGUCCCUGUUCCCCUCCGGGCCCGAGAUCAUUCAGUACCUCUACGACGUGUGCGAGAAGUUCGAGAUCCUCGACAAGAUCCAGUUUGACACUUCGGUCAAGGGCAUGCGCUGGCUCGAUGACGUGGAAGAGUGGGAGGUCGAGCUGGACCACCUCGCCCCCGGCAUCGGUGACCUGUCCACCCGGGAGAGGCAGGCGUUGGAAAAAGAGAACGGGCCCAACUCCAGGACAGUCCUGCGCACCGAGAUCGUGCGAGCCAAGGUCGUCUGCAGCGCGGUCGGCGGGCUGGUCGAACCGAAACCACCGCUCGACGUCCCCGGGAUCGACACCUUCGAGGGCGACAUCGUCCAUACGGCACGCUGGAACCCCGACCUCAGUGUCCGGGGCAAGGAUGUCAUCGUCAUCGGCACGGGCUGCUCCGCUGGACAAGUCGUGCCCCAGCUCGUCAAGCCGGAACUCGGCGCCAAACAUGUCACGCAGCUGAUGCGUUCGCCGCCGUGGGCCGUCGAGUUCCUGCCCCCGGCCGCCCGGGAGUUCUGGAAGAAAUGGAUCCCCAUGCUGUCCACGUACGUGCCGGGCUUCCAGAACGGGCUGCGCAAGUUGAUGUUCGCGCUGAGCGAGCUCGAGUUCGUCGAGCUGUUCACCCCCAGCGAGGCCGCGCGACAGCGACGCAAGAAGAAGGCCGAGGAGCUGCUGGCCUACCUCCGCAAAACCGUGCCCGAGGAGUACCACGAGAUCAUGACGCCCGACUACGAGGUCUUCUGCAAGCGACGCGUGGUGGACGAGGGCUGGUACAAGUCCCUGGCCCUGCCCAACGUCGAGAUCACCACGCUGCCCAUCACCUCCAUCCAGCCGCGGUCGGUGACCCUGGGCCCGGGCCGCCUGUACCCGCCCAUGUCCAAGACGGACUCGAAGGCGCCCACCGAGCAGCGCACCGUGCCCGCCGACGUCAUCAUCAUGGCCAACGGCUACGAGACCAACCAGUGGCUGCACCCGCUGGACGUGACGGGCCGGCACGGCCGGUCGCUGUACAAGACGUGGGACGAGCGCGGCGGCGCGCAGGCGUACCUGGGCACGGCCAUGGACGGGUUCCCGAACUUCUUCAUGAUCUUCGGCCCCAACACGGCGACGGGCCACAGCUCGGUGAUCCUGGCCACCGAGAACGCCGUCAACUACGCGCUCAAGUUCAUCGGCCCGAUCCUGCGCGCCGACGUUGCCACCGUCGAGGUCACGGAGCGCGCCGAACGGAAAUGGACCGCCGACCUACAACGCGAGCUGCGCCAGAGCGUCUUCAUGUCCGGCGGCUGCGUCAACUGGUACACCGACGCUGCACGCGGGUGGAACUCCACCGUCUACCCGCGCACCCAGGUCGACUUCACCCUGCGCUGCAUGUUCCCCGUCUGGAGCCACUGGGACCUCAAGUACACGACUAAGGGCCGCGUCAAGCUGGCCGCCGCCCGCGCCGGCCGUCUCGUCGGCCUCGUCGGCCUGCUCUGGGGCAUCAUCUUCACCCGGAGACACGGCCUGCAGCACACCAAGGCCGUCCUCCGCGAGCUGCUCCGGACCGGGCUGGAGGGUGUCCGUGGCGUGUUACUCAAGGGGAGGUGA